CAUUUCCUAUUUAAAUAAAAGUAACGCUUUAACAGUAUAUUGACAAUUGAGCAAUCCGCUCCGGCAAAUCCCAAAGAUUCAAAGAACAAACUAUUUUAGGAGUAGGACCACUGUCAGAAAAGUCCCCCAAGUUCAAGAGUUGAGAUAUUUCUGCAACAGUUCAGAGCUCAUUCAAGAGAGGAAUUUGGAGACUUUGGAACAAGGAAAGCAUGGGUUCCAUGCCAAAGAGGGCGUUCCAGCAGUACAUGAUUCAGCUUCAGAGACACCCUUUAAGAACUAAGGCACUUACAGCUGGGGUGAUAUCAGCAAUCAGUGAUAUAGCGUCUCAGAAGCUCACGGGGAUUCAGAAGCUUCAAUUAAGAAGGCUUGUUCUCAAAGUGCUAUUUGGAGUUGCUUAUCUUGGACCAUUUGGGCAUUUCCUGCAUCUAAUACUGGAUAAAAUUUUCAAGGGGAAGAAAGAUAAUAAAACAGUAGCCAAGAAGGUACUACUGGAGCAAUUGACAUCUUCUCCGUGGAAUAACUUAUUUUUCAUGCUUUACUAUGGUUUGGUUGUGGAGGGAAGACCAUGGAUGCAUGUGAAAAGUAAAGUUAAGAAGGACUUUCCCACAGUGCAGUACACAGCAUGGACGUUCUGGCCUGUUCUGGGGUGGAUAAAUCACCAGUAUGUGCCACUCCAAUUUCGUGUUAUUUUCCAGAGCUUGGUUGGGUUUUGCUGGGGAAUAUUCCUAAACUUACAAGCAAGAUCUGUGAAGUUACCUAAGGCCAAGUGAAGAGAACAAACUCCCCCAUAUGAAAUUAGUUCAUGAUCUCCAUUAUUUACAGGUAGUCUUAGCUCACAGAUGGUCUCUCUUUUCAGCAGUCAUAAAGUCAAACCCUAUGAAUAAGUCGUGGAUCCCAUUAUCAUGUAUGCAGCAGUUUGCUAAAAAUGUGUGAACCUGUCUCUUCUUGAAUUUUCCUCAUUGUAUCCAUUCAUAAUUUCAGUGUGAUUUGAUAACUGCAAUUCUGCAAAUGCAUGUGAAAUCGCAGAUCACAACUUAGAAGAUUAUAGUUAUUUUGCUUCUGCUGCAAAAAUAAGUCAAUGGAAGCCAUCGGUGACUGGUGGAAUGAUCUCUGAAUUAUGUAUCAGAUUCAUGGGGAUCUCACCUUAGAUUGAGGGAGGGAAAUUAUAUUGUAACAGAAAACGAGUAUGAAAAUCAUACAUUAUAUGGAACCUAGAUGUCUUUGUCACACUAAAUCUAGGUCUUCCAAACGGAGUAUUAUUUUUAUUUA